GUUCGGAUUCCAAGAUGGGGAAGUCCUUCGCCAACUUCAUGUGCAAGAAAGACUUUCAUCCCACCUCCAAAUCCAAUAUCAAAAAAGUAUGGAUGACAGAACAGAAAACAUGAUAUGAUAAGAAGAAACAAGAAGAAUUAAUGCAACAGUAUCUUAAGGAACAAGAAUCAUAUGAUAAUAGAUUGCUUAUGGGAGAUGAACGUGUAAAGAAUGGCCUUAAUUUCAUGUAUGAGGCUCCACCAGGAGCUAAAAAAGAAAACAAAGAGAAAGAAGAAAUAGAAGGAGAGACAGAAUAUAAAUUUGAAUGGCAGAAAGGAGCCCCACGAGAAAAACAUGCCAAAGAUGACAUGAACAUCAGAGAUCAGCCCUUUGGUAUUCAGGUUCGAAAUGUGAGGAGUAUUAAAUGCCACAAGUGGGGCCAUGUCAAUACAGAUCGAGAAUGCCCUUUGUUUGGUCUCUCUGGAAUCAAUGCAAGUUCUGUUCCUACUGACGGCUCAGGGCCAUCGAUGCACCCCUCAGAGCUCAUAUGGCAGAGCCAAACCUACCAGAUUCAUACCUGUGAUAAUGAAGCGAGGAGAGCAUUAAAAUCAGUUGGAUGCUUGAAUACUAAGCAAAAGAACGCUGAAAAAUAAAUCAGGAGUAUGAGUAAGAUGGAGAAAAACGAACACCCAAAGGAGGGAAUCUAA